AUGGCUGAGGAAACAACUGGGAAUGCGCUCAGCCUCGCCGCGUCGCUGCGCUACUGCGAGCCGCGGAGCCUCGCCGCGUCGCUGCGCUACUGCGAGCCGCGGAGCCUCGCCGCGUCGCUGCGCUACUGCGAGCCGCGGAGCCUCGCCGCGUCGCUGCGCUACUGCGAGCCGCGGAGCUUCGCCGCGUCGCUGCGCUACUGCGAGCCGCGGAGCCUCGCCGCGUCGCUGCGCUACUGCGAGCCGCGGAGCCUCGCCGCGUCGCUGCGCUACUGCGAGCCGCGGAGCUUCGCCGCGUCGCUGCGCUACUGCGAGCCGCGGAGCCUCGCCGCGUCGCUGCGCUACUGCGAGCCGCGGAGCUUCGCCGCGUCGCUGCGCUACUGCGAGCCGCGGAGCCUCGCCGCGUCGCUGCGCUACUGCGAGCCGCGGAGCCUCGCCGCGUCGCAGUGCUGCUGGGAGCCGCGGAGCCUCGCCGCGUCGCAGUGCUGCUGCGAGCCGCGGAGCCUCGCCGCGUCGCAGUGCUGCUGCGAGCCGCGGAGCCUCGCUGCGUCGCAGUGCUGCUGCGAGCCGCGGAGCCUCGCCGCGUCGCAGUGCUGCUGCGAGCCGCCGAGCCUCGCCGCGUCGCAGUGCUGCUGCGAGCCGCGGAGCCUCGCUGCGUCGCAGUGCUGCUGCGAGCCGCGGAGCCUCGCCGCGUCGCAGUGCUGCUGCGAGCCGCCGAGCCUCGCCGCGUCGCAUGCUGCUGCGAGCCACGGUGCCUCGCCGCGCCAUGGUGGUACGUCUUGUUAUCAACGUCGGUCAUACAGUCGCACGGGACGAUCAGACCGGUCAUGUAUGGACCCUACAUCAAACCGCAUGUGUGACCGUGACCGGUCCCGUAGUAAUUUGCGUAGAAAAUCUAGAGAUAUUUCAGACUAUCAAUCUCAAGAACGGAUGGUAAGAGGGUCACACAAAAGUUUGGUUCAGGAUUCAUACUACCAUUCAAAUAACGGAUCUUGUAAUAACGCUCAUGAGCGUUCAAAUGAGUAUUGUAAUAUUAAUGUUGCAAAUUCUGCCGAAGAUAACUUCACUAAGUUGGUUAACGUAAUGAAAUCCAUUUUACCUAAAGAUUCUUUUGAUAAGUUAAACUCUAUUCACAAUACCAUACCCGAAUUUGAUCCAUCACAUAAAGGACAGACGAUGACAAUGUGGAUUCACAAAGUGAAUGAAUCUGCCACUAUAUAUAAUUGGUCAGAAAAACAGACAAUACAUUUCGCCCUACCAAAAUUGCGCGGCGUUGCUCAACGGUGGUACGAAGGUCUCUCUUCAGUUCUGUUUACAUGGAAAGAGUGGCAAGAGAAGUUACAGGCUGCUUUUCCGUCCGAUGAGAAUUAUGGUCAAAUGUUAAGUGACAUGUUGGCUAAACGGGCGCGUUUUGGGGACUCAUUAGAGGACUAUUACUAUAACAAAAUAAUAUUAAUUAAUAGAUGUGGUAUAACGGGUAAACGAGCUGUAGAGUGCAUACUACACGGCAUUGACGAUCGGUCAGUUCGAUUAGGUGCUGAGGCUGUACAAUAUGACGACCCUAAUAAAUUAUUAUCAUAUUUGAGAAACUCUCGAUAUGUUAAGACCAACAAUGACCGCAGGAUUAGCAGCAAGAAUCAGGUUAAUAAUAAAAAUGAUAACUCGCAGUCUUCUCACAAAGUCAAAUGUUAUAAUUGCAAAGAAGAAGGUCAUGUUUCAUCUAAAUGUACUCAACCAGUAAAGAAAUGCGGUAGGUGUUUGAAAAUCGGUCACGAGACCGAACAAUGUUUUUCCCGACUGCCAAACACCCAGAAAGUAGUUAUGAAAGUAGAUAAGACAGAUACUAUCAAUGGCAAAUAUUUUAAAAAUGUGAAAAUUAACAACAAUCUGAUGGAAGCUUUUAUAGAUUUAGGCAGUGAAUGUUCAAUGAUUAAACUGUCAGAAUCUAAAUUUCUAAACAACGAUCUUGAUACCAAUGAUUUACCAACUCUGAGAGGCUUUGGUAAUUCGAUAGUUAAAGCACUAGGUAAAAUACGCGUUAAGGUAGUAAUUGAUGAUGUGCAAGCUGAUAUAGACAUAUUUGUAGUUCCUGAUGAUGUAAUGCAUAUGCCGUUACUUAUAGGACAAUCAUUUACUGAACAACCUCACAUAUUGAUUUGUAAGACAAGUGAUAAUUUGGAAAUAACUCAAUUACCUAAUGUUAGCUAUGAUACAAAUAAAAUAAAAAUAUUUUGCAAAAAUGAUGUUCAAGUAUCAGGUUUAACAGCAAUUGAAGUUUAUACUGGACAAUAUUUUUGCGGCGACCUUUUCAUUGAGGGAGAUGUUAGAUUCAAAUCAGCAAUUAAAUACUCAGUACUAUCCGGACUCUUCACAUUUAACGAAAGUACAGGCACUAUUGUAUUAAAUAAUUUACACGAGACUCCAUUGACAUUACAUAAAGAUUUUCUAGUUGCGCGCGGACGUGCCGCUUUAGAGUUAACUAUAACCAAACCACUAGAAGUACUUACCACCUCCACAAUACUACAAAAUCCAAAGUUUGCACCUAUUACUGAUACUGAUAUAAAAAUGGACAUUUUGAGUUUAACCGAAUGCCCUUUGGUCUUGCGAAUGCCCCCGCUACUUUCCAACGGACAAUGA